AUGAAUGAUGUCAAUGAAAAUGGACAAACACAAAGUUGCCAACAUCAUUUGAAGGUGACUUGUGAGAAGAAUAGAGAGAAUGAAGCAAAGUGCAGUUCCAUCGGACCACCCUUUGGUUCUCGCAGCUAUGAAAUGCAAAUUGUAGAUUUGAGGUAUCAAGUACCUCCUGUUGGUUCUCGAGAUGGAGUGGUAUUGUCCUUAUCAUGCGGUAUCGAGGACAAGUACAAAAACGAACCACCAAUGCCUUUGGACCUAUUGAAAGAGAUGCACUACAGCAAAAAGAAAGGAUUUGCUCCUGCAGUUCAAUCUCUUAUCGCUGAAAUAGAGGAGAAGUUGAAUGAACCUGUAGAUGAUGGUCUUCAACCAAAGGAUGUGACUGAUGUGGUCUCUCAGGCUCUUGUUCAGAAAACUAAGAAGAACAGGUUUCUUGUAAAUGUGGGGCUCCAAAGCAAUGCCACAUGUGUUAGUGCUGAGCAUGACCUAGAAGAGGAACUGGUGGUGGAGAAACAAACAUCAAGUGAUCUUAGGGAGGUUGUCAAGGCUCAACAACAGCAAAUGGAAGAAAUGAUGAAGAAAUUCCAGGGAGGCGAAGCGGCUAGGGCUAAGCAAGAAGAGGAGUCGAAGAAAAGGCAAGUGACAUUGAUGCAUCGAUCAAGACUUUGA